AACUUUUUCUCCUUCAGUUUUUCUUUCGUUUUGUCAAUCCGCUCUUCAUCGCCCAACGCUCAACUAACUCACCAGCGUCGUCCUCGCCAACCACCGACAAAAUGGUCAAAGUCAGCCCCAUCGUUUCGUCUUCUCGACGCAAGAGCCGUGCCGCUCACUUCAAGGCUCCCUCUGACCAGCGCCGUGUCAUUAUGAGCGCUCCCCUCUCCAAGGAGCUCCGUGAGAAGUACAACGUCCGCUCUAUCCCCAUCCGAAAGGACGACGAGGUCACCAUUGUCCGUGGCUCCAACAAGGGCCGUGAGGGCAAGAUCACCUCCGUGUACCGUCUCAAGUACGUUGUCCACGUCGAGCGUGUCACCCGCGACAAGGCCAACGGCCAGUCCGUCCCCCUGGGCAUCCACCCCUCCAACGUCGUCAUCACCAAGCUCAAGCUUGACAAGGACCGUGAGGACAUCCUGGCCCGCUCCAAGGUUGGCCGUGAGCUCGCUGCCAACAACAAGGUCACUGCUUAAGCGAUGAACUUUGUCGAGCAAUAACAGAAACCAAACCACCAAAACCUUCAAGACGACACGAUCAAACCUCCUCCAUGGCGAGGACGAAUCUUUUUUCUUUUUUCACCACUCACAUAAUCACGACAUCAAUGUGAGCAACUCAAAGGGCAAAAGUUGAUGAGGAAAUGGGCAUUUUACUCCGGCGUUUUUACGAUACCUACGUGCUUUCCUUCUAACCGCACGGUACCUGGUCUACAGCAGGGUAGAUGAAUUGAGAAUUUUUAGGGUUCUCAAUGGCCAUUUCACUCAACUGGUGAAAUGCUCCAUGGGAGGUUUAUCCCGAAGUCUUGACCUGCUCUCCCCACAUGCACAUUUGCGAGUCCCCUCGUGAUGUUAUGUCGGACAGGUGGCUGACCCAUCUGUCCUCUCGUAGGAUGCUAACACAACCAUCAGACGCAUUCAAUUCAAUGCCUGUCUGUCGUAGACUUGAGUCGCACUUCGGUGCCUCUGCGCGGUAAGUCGUAGACUUGAUCCACCGCUAGGAUAUCUCCGCGUCAACCACUUAGAUCCAUGGUUUUCGGGGUAUACGUCUAGCGAAGAGUAAACCCGGCAGGACCCAACUACUAUCAUGGGGUCCUGCUCUCCCUAGAAGAUUUUCACCGAGUUGCCAAUGAGGCUGGAAAUUUGAAGGUGAGGUACAUGCUUUUAGCGUUAUUUUUAGUAUUUUGCAAUCAAACAUCAUUUCUCAUUCGUCAUAUUUUACCGUUCACUUGUCCCGACAAGUCGUACUUAGAAUCCUUACUGAGAAGCGUUCAUUCACAGA